GGGGGCAGGGGGCGGGGGGGAGAGACGGUUGUGACAUGAUAUAUCUGGACGCCCAGAGCAAGGGAACGUCGGACGCGCGCACCUCAUGAACGGAUAUCAAUAAUCAUAACACUAUUUUAUUCACGAGCAGGUAUCCACCUACCUACCGAGAUGGCAUCGAACGCGAAAACGAUCCCGCGCCGGUCCAGCACGCUGUUCGAAAAGUCCGGGGCGACAGUACGACGGCUCGCGCGAAGGAUUUCACUCAGCGUCCUCAAUCCGCGCGAGAAAGCGCCGUCGUCAGUAGUCACAGUCCGGGGCGGUACGAGUGGGCAGGAUGUGUCGCCGCCUCCGGAACGGUCGAAGUCGAGAUUGGCUCGGUGGACGGCUUUGCGCCCACCGGCGGUCUCGUCGGUCGUGGAAGAGCGGGACGAGGAGUUGAUUCGGUCCGCGACGCCGAAGGGGAUGGUGCGCAAGGCGACAGCAACGGUGAAGGAGGAGGACGAAGAGCACGACUUGAAGAUCGGGUGGAAGAUACCCAAGGCAAGGGUUUUUAGACAGGUCCGGGGCGGCGGGCAGCCGGAGCUUGAUGUUACGCCGCUUGUGUAUGGGCGUAAGGCGAAUGAGCUUUGGUUCCCCACGGGCGACACCCUGAUAUAUCUCUGUUCAAAGUCCGAAUCCCAUCGCUAUGCGCCGUCCUUCAAACUCUCCGGCGCAACGCUCUGCAAGAAAUCCGAGUUCUUCACGAUCGCGCUGUCGGAGCGAUGGCAGGAGCACAGCGCGUUGCACCGCCAGCUCCUCGCAAAGGAGGACGCGAAACACAUCCUCUACUUCCCACCAUGGGAAGAUUCCGACGACCCUUCCGAGGAGGCAGACACACGUCGCCUCGACUCGGAGUCAGACCUCCACGAUCUGCUGAACCAACUGAUCGCAACCCGCAACUUCUUUGCCUACCUCUUCGGCCGCCAUGUGAUCUGUCUCGAGGACCCGCUGGGCGCGAGCAUGCUCAGCGACUUCAUGGACCGGAUGGAGAUGUACGUGCUCGGCUCCAACGCGGACAUCAAAGCGCGUCCCACGCGCGAACAGACACUCGGCGAGAUCGAAACCUGGCUGCGUAGCAAAGCCAUCGACGAUCCGCGGCAUGCCCCGCACCGACUCAUCGACACAUUGAUGAUCUCGGAGCGCUACCAAUGGACCGAGAUCUACACGGAAGCGUUUAUCCACGGCGCUGGUCGCUACGACUUCCUCUGCUCACUGCAGGACUUCACCUUCGUGUCCCCGGCGACGCGGCAACUCCUCGAGCGCGCCAGCUUCAGCAUCAAGGCACGCGUAUACACCACAAUCGACUCGCUACACACCUUCACCUUCCCGAUCCUCUCCAACCUCCGGCCGAAACGCGCGCGCCGCAGCAGUCGCACCGACGCAAUGGACAUACCGCGCGCCUGGCGCCGGGCAUACGAAAAGUUCCGCACCUGGGUGAUCCAAUACUACACGGCCAUCUUCCGCGUCAAGUCGUGGCCGCCCGCGCACUUCUCGCGCGGCAUGAUCCUGAUGUUGCAGAACGACUUCCAGGCACUGUACGAGCUGCUCGUCGACGAGACCCCCGACCGCACCGACUCGUACCGAAGACUGCUAUCCCAAGUGCUCACCGACUUCGACGGCUCGACCAACCCCGCCGCGGCACUCCCGCGGCUCCCCUCGCUGCCACCGGAAGGCUCACCGCUGCGUGACCGCCGCCAGAGCCGCGAGGCCAUCAGCGUCGUCCUGUUGGACUCGUACAACGUCGGUGCCGGCGGCGGGAGCAACCGGUUCGUCGAGGCGUUCAAAGAGUUUGAGCGCAGCUACGGCACGGGUAAGAUCGUGACAAAGAGCAUCGAGGCUCGCGAAGGCCGGUGGUGUCUCGUCUACGCCGUGCUGUCGACGUUGCGCGGCGUGGUCGUUGAGUGGGAGGGGCUGCGAUACCGCUGGGGCGUCGAGUACUGGCUGUGUGCCGAGCUGCGCGGCGUGCCGCCUUGGCUGUAUCGGCGCGGCAGUGGCGAGAGGAGCAAUAGCGCGUUCGGAAUAGAGAGUAGGACUGAGAGUGCGCUCACUAUGCAAUCGACCACAACCGCGACGGAAGACGGCGAUAGGACACCGACGAACAGGAGAUCGGUUUUUGGCUAGUGGAGCUUGGGAGCUUGGAUUUUUUGGAUUGGAUUUUUGGAUUUUGGGGGCAUUAUCUGUUAGGCAAUUUGCUUUGUUUUUGUUUGAGCGACUGAGCGAGUCUGAGUACCGUAUCUUGAUUCUUGACUUUGAGCGGACAAAUACCACCCUUUUGAUUUCUUUUGCUAGGUACAUCCGUAACUAUUCCCCAUCACUUUGUAAUCACGCACGCACGCUUUGCGAACCGAAUCUACAAACUCCGCA